AUGGUUUUGAAUAAAGCUCUGUUUGCUCCAACAAAAUGGGAUGACUUGGGGCUCAAGUUGGGUCUACUAAUGACAAGACUCAAUGUUAUUGCAGAAAGUGGUGAUUCUUUUAAGCACUUAAAGAAGACUAUAGAAGCAUGGCUAAUGGGUGCAGACAAUGUUAAAAUACCUACUGCUACAGUGUCAUCUAAUGGAAGCAGUAGAUCUACUACUACUAGCAGUGCCAGCAGGCAAACUGUUAGUACUAGUAAUACUGAUAAUGGGAAAAGGUCACUAGAUAUAGAGAAUGUUGAAAUGGUAACAAAGGUUUUAAAUAAAGCUUUGUUUGGUGCAACAAAAUGGGUGGACUUGGGCCUGAAGCUAGGUCUACUGAUGCCAAGACUCAAUGUCAUUGGAGAAGGAGGUGGUGAUGCGUAUAAGCACUUGAGGAGGACAAUAGAAGCAUGGCUAGAGGGAGAAGAUAAUGUAACUAGUAGAACAUGGCAGACUUUGAUAGAUGCUGUGGAGGGAACAGGAGACCGUGCAGCUGCUGAAAGGAUACCUAAGAAACUAAAAACUCUUUACAAUAUUACACUUUAAUAAUGAUAAUAGCAUAGUACAGUUUUAAGUAAUUAUUAUGAGUUGAAAUGAUUGGCAUAUCCUUUUGGCAGAGGUGCCAGGAGCUAGUAAA